AUGGUAAAGCCCCUCACAUUCAAAGGCGACAAGCCUAAAAAACGCAAAACCCGCACCGAAGACACCGACGGCACAAGCACAAAAACCCGCAAAACCACCGCAGACCACGACAAUGAAGACGAAAACCCACCCGACGACACAAGCUGGGUCUCAGCCGACGCGCCGACCGAUCUGGGCGGUCCAAUCGUGCUAGUCCUACCAUCUGAUAAACCCACUUGCGUGGCCAGUGACCCGAACGGUGUGGUUUUCGCAAGUGAGCUGGAGAAUCUAGUCGAGGGGGAUGCCGCGACAGCGGAGCCGCAUGAUGUCAGGCAGGUUUGGGUUGUCACGAAGGUUGCAGGCACGGAUGGGUUUAGUUUUAAGGGGCAUCAUGGAAAGUAUGUCUUCCUUCGAGCUGGAUUGUUGUUCGUCACUAAUGUGUUCAGGUACCUCGGCUGCGAUAAUCAUGGUCUCUUCACGGCAACCGCGUCGGCGGUUGGACACUACGAAUCCUUCAUCGUGAUACCGUCCCCCGAUAUCCCUGGGACAUUCUAUCUCCAGACUCGCGGCGGUGACGCGGAGACAUUUCUCACUGUGAAAGAGAAUGCCAAAGCGUCUGCUGGUGUGGAGAUCCGUGGUGAUGCAGAGAAUAUCUCGUUUGAUACUGGUGUGCAUAUACGUAUGCAAGCCAGGUUCAAGCCGCGACUUCGGGCGUCGAAGGAGUCGAAGGCUUAUGAGAAGAUUAGUCAGAAAGAGCUGGAGGGAAUUGUGGGGAGGAAGUUGGAGGCGGAGGAGGUUAAGAGGUUGAGGAGGGCGAGGAGGGAGGGUGAUUUCCAUGAGGUUAUGUUAGAUGUUAAGGUUAAGGGGAAGCAUGAUAAGUUUGCUUGA